UCCACUGUGAUCCAUGAAAUUUGUACAAAAACACCUGAAAAUUGCACCCAAAGUCACAUUAAACACCAUGUACCAGUAAAUUUGCUGGGGGCGCUACAAAAUCCGGGCGUAAAACGGAAGCUUCUUGUCCACAAAUCCCGUCCGCUGAGGGAAAUUCUCGUGAAAAAGUGCAUUGAAAAGUCAUGUCUCCAGUGCCUGAAGUUGGGCAACCAGAGACAGCUGAUAAGGCUGGAUCGUCGUCGGGAAGUGAUGCUACUGAUGAUGGGGUCAAUUUGCAGGACUUUGUGGUGAUUCCAAGUCAAACAUCUCCAUCCGGAAGUACCUCAGAGAAUCAUGAGAAUGAGGAUUUGGAAUGCUACAGCGAUGCCCAAUUGAAGGCUCUCCUGGACGAAGCAAUCACUUACAAGACUCCCAAGGAGGCAGAAAAGCCCCAAGAGAGCGCUGCUACUGCUGUGGAGAUUCCGAAGGAGUCUGUGGAUCCGGAAGAUGUGGAGGAAAAGGAGCCGAAGAUUGAGGAGAAGAAGAUCUCAGGGCCUAAAGUGGAGAAGGAGCCAGUGAAGGUGGAUACGAAGGAGAAGGAAAUUCCGCAUAGGAAUCCAUUUAUUUCCAUGCCAAGCACCUGGAAUCCAUCCUUCCGCACAAUUGAUCCGAAAUCUUUCGCCGGACCGAGAGACUACGGCUUCUGCCCACGACCCAGUCAUACCUUCGGCAUGCCCGGGAUGUGCUGCUACUCCCCAGCUCCACCCAAGGCACCGGAAGUGGUGCCAAAGGUGGAAAAGAAGGAGAGGAAUGCCAUUUUGAAAUUAUCCCACGAAAUCGAUGGCUACCGUGGCGGUGAUAACAUCGAUAGCCUCGUGCGUUUCAUCGAGAGCUCCGAUUCGGAGCCGGAUUACAAGAAAAACGGCAAGGGCAAGCCCCAGAAGAAUGGGGGCAACAAGAAGGGCAAGAAGGCACCACCAAAGCCCAAAGCACCCACCAAGGCAAAGGAAGUUCUGCGUGAGGUGCCGCAAAAGACGGUGGAGAAGCUGCAGGAGAGACUCCCGGAGGUGCAGCAGACGUCCGAUGAGGUGUCCGGAAAGGCAUCCCCAACCAUUGAUGGCAGUGAAUUCCGUGUGGUGAUGAAAAAGAAGAAAAAGCCAAAGAAUUGACGAGGAAAUCUCUCAGGGAACAGAUCUAAUACAACUUUUUUGCCAUAAUAUUAAUUAGCUCACACAAACCUCGUCAACUCAUCCCCCAGAAAAAAAACAACCACCUGCUUUUUCAUCCCGCCUCUCCGAAGCACUUCCUCUCUUUUUUUCCCCCUAAAAAGUAAUUUCCUCAAAACUCCCCAAAAAAGAAUGUUUAAGAAGUUCGUUAAACAGCUAAUCAAAUAUUAACAGCAAGAAAAAUUGAAA